ACUCCUCAUUCCUCAAGGCUCAAGUAGUUAGUAACCCUUCACUCUCUUCACUCUUCAAUUUCAAUUUCAAACCUUUCUCAAUGGCCUCCGCUGCCAAGCCCUCUUCCCGCUACAGUUCUUACGAUUGCCGCUCAUCCACCUCCUCUCACGUCUCCGACCCUUCUUCCUCCCAUCAAUUCACCAAGCCCAAUUCCUCCUCCUCUUCCUCUCGCGCACUCCUCAAGGCCAAAUCCUCCAAGGUCGAACCCACCUUCACCACCAUGCUCAAGAACUUCAUGGACAAGAAACCCAAAUCCACCACCUCCACCAGGUUGAUCAUUCCCCCCGAUUUCGUCGCGCAGGAUUUGAACAAGGACGCCAAGAGAGUCGCCGGCUUCUCCGCCUUGCAGAAGAAGCUCUUCGGAAAGGGCUCUUCCGAGAAGAAAGACAAGCUCAAGGCCUUGACCGAGGUCAAAACCAACACCAGGACUCUCGCCAUGGUGCUCAGGAGCGAGAGGGAGCUUCUCACCAUCAACAAGGACCAGGACCUGCAGAUUUCUCAGCUCAAGCAAUUGCUUCAGAGCAAGAACAAAGAGGUGGAGAAGUUGAAGGAUUUGUGUUUGAAUCAAAGGGAAGAGAUCAAGUCGUUGAAGAGUGCGAUACUGUUCCCGGAUGUUAUGAAUUCUCAGCUUCAAGAGCUUUUGGAGAAGCAAGGUUCGGAGUUGAAGCAGGCAAAACAGGUUAUUCCGGCUCUACAGCAACAGGUUUCUUCUCUUACUGGUCAGCUUCAAAGUCUUGCGGAGGACCUUGCUGAGGUCAAGGCUGAUAAGUAUUCAGCGAAAGCAGGUCUUCUAGGUUUUGGAAGUUCCCCAAGAACACCAACGCAUGCCCGGGAUGAUGCUUGCAACUCUUGGGAAUUCAGCUCUGACCAGUCCGACGACCUAUUAUUGAAAGAUUUAAAUCCAUGCUUAACUCCAUGCACUGCUAAGUCAAGAUCAAGGGAAUUUGAGGGUAGGGGCUCUGGCUCUAUGCUUGAUGAAAGCUUAUCUGAGGAUGAAGCUAAAGUAUAUCCUGAGAUGAAUUUUAGCUCUCAUAAUCGUAGGUUUUCCAAAAGUUCUGACUGUUGCCAUAACUCAAGCCAAAGAAGCGUUGCAACGAAAGCAGGUCGAAGAUCUGAUGAGAGCAAAUUAGCCUAUGGAGGUAGAAUGAACCUUAAAUUUGCAUAAAUAAUCUCAAUCCUUGCUCCUUGGUGAGAUUUUUUAUUUAUUUUUAUCUCUUUUCCCUGUUACCAUCUUUCAGUUUUGUCAUUAUACCAUCAUAAUAUGUCUGUUUCAGAAGUUGGACAUUGUCUCUUAAAAAUGUAAGAUUAAAUUACUCCUCCUCGUUGUAUAUUGUGCACAUGAGCAAUGAAUAAGGCCUCGAAAUCAA